CCGGGCCUCUGAGCGCCCAGCCCGGUCCCCUGCCCCGCGUGGCGGGUCACCCGGCCGGCUGAGCUCACUUCCGCCGCGUCCUGCAGCGUCUCCUUCCCCGAAAGCUUCGGGGCUGCCGGGGCGGGGGGAGAGGACAUCGGCCCCCAGGGCACCCGGAGGUGGUGCGCCUGCCUCCAUGUCACCCCCGAGGGGGCGGGCAGGGAGUGACGGGCUGGCCUCCGCGGAGCCCCAGCCCCCUGGUGCGGGACGGUCGUUCUCCUCUCCCCCGGGAGGCUUGAGGGAGACCCCUGCCGCGCCCCCAGCCGCCCUCCCCCGCGCCCUUCUGGCUGCUUCCUCUUCUGUCCAGGGUUCCCCAAGAUGGCUCACCCAGCCCACAGGGAGAGACCAUUUUCCUGGGUCCCUGCUUCUGAAGUUCCAUCUGCUUCUAGCCCUGGAGCGUGGGGGACCCUCUGUCCACAGGGAGAGCUUGCUGGGCACCCCUGCCCCGCCUUCCCCGCUGUGGCGGAGACUCAGACCGUCCAGGGCCGCCCCCCGCCCCCCACCGUGGUCGCGGGCCCCGUAACGUUCCAUCCCACCGAGGGUGCCGGGGCCCUCGUCCUGGGCCGUGAGGCGUGGGUGGGGACUCGGCGGCACUCGGGUGUGAGCCCCCAGGACAGCGUGUCCUGACAGCCCCGACCCUCUGACCUGUACCCUGGGAGCUACCGGGACGCAACCGAGCCCGGAAGUGGUCCCCCAGCCCCCGGGCAGCCUGGCAGAGGCCGAGCCUGCAGAGCGGUGACGGCCCAGGAGCCCCUCCGGCAGGGGAGGGAGGAAGGAGGAGAAACAAAGGCGAGCGGGCCUGGCGCCGCCCACCAUGUGUCAGUCAGAGGCGCGGCGAGGACCGGAGCUCCGAGCGACGAAAUGGUUGCACUUCCCCCAGCUGGCCCUGAGGCGGAGACUGGGGCAGUUGAGCUGCAUGUCCAGACCCGCCCUGAGACUGCGCUCCUGGCCCCUGACGGUGCUCUACUACCUCCUGCCCUUCGGCGCCCUCAGACCGCUCAGCCGGGUGGGAUGGAGGCCUGUGAGCAGGGUGGCCCUGUAUAAGUCGGUGCCGACACGCCUGCUGUCACGGGCCUGGGGCCGCCUGAACCAGGUGGAGCUGCCGCACUGGCUGCGCAGGCCUGUCUACAGCCUGUACAUCUGGACCUUCGGGGUGAACAUGAAGGAGGCGGCCGUGGAGGACCUGCACCACUACCGCAACCUCAGCGAGUUCUUCCGGCGCAAGCUGAAGCCGCAGGCCCGGCCUGUCUGUGGCCUGCACAGCGUGAUCAGUCCGUCAGAUGGGAAGAUCCUCAACUUUGGGCAGGUGAAGAACUGCGAGGUGGAGCAAGUGAAGGGGCUGACCUACUCGCUGGAGUCCUUCCUGGGCCCGCGCGCCGCCCUGGAGGACCUGCCCUUCCCACCAGCUGCCCCCUGCGGCUCCUUCAGGAACCAGUUGGUCACCCGGGAAGGGAAUGAGCUCUACCACUGCGUCAUCUACCUGGCCCCCGGGGACUACCACUGCUUCCACUCCCCCACUGACUGGACUGUUGCCCACCGGCGCCACUUUCCAGGCUCCCUGAUGUCUGUGAACCCUGGUGUGGCCCGCUGGAUCAAAGAGCUCUUCUGCCACAACGAGCGGGUCGUCCUGACCGGGGACUGGAAACAUGGCUUCUUCUCACUGACGGCCGUGGGGGCCACCAAUGUGGGCUCCAUCCGCAUCUACUUUGACCGGGACCUGCACACAAACAGCCCACGGUACAGUAAGGGUUCCUACAAUGACUUCAGCUUCGUGACGCACGCCAAUAAGGAGGGUGUCCCCAUGCGCAAGGGCGAGCACCUGGGCGAGUUCAACCUGGGCUCUACCAUCGUGCUCAUCUUCGAGGCCCCCAAGGACUUCAACUUCAAGCUGAAAGCAGGACAGAAGAUCCGAUUUGGGGAAGCCCUGGGCUCCCUCUAGAGCCUACUUCCUGGCUGCAGCUGCUGAGGGAUCAUUUCUACAGAAAUGGGAGGGACUUUUUGAGGGGAACCUCCACAGCUGUCCAAGGGAGGGGGGACUGUCUCAGGGCUGUGGGGUCAGACCAGGCAGGACCUGGGUGGCCUCUGUCCUUGCUGACCCAGAGAUGCAGACAAGGUCAGAGGUCCUGUCAUGCCCUCGACCUACCUCAUCCCCUCUUAAGAAAGUACAGGCCAGGAUGAGCUCAAAUUCCCUUUUGGAGAUUUUAAACCUGUUGAUAAACUGGAGGCCCUGCAUCUCCUGGCUGUCAGUUGGUCUUGAUUUCUGUUCUAAAACAAGUGGUUAUGCCUCCCUGCUGCUCCUCCAUCACUGUUUGGCCAACUCUCCGUCUCCCCUGCACAGGGUGAGGUGCCUCCCGGCACUGACUGGGCCCAUGCUGUCCCCUGAGCGGGCUGCACAGCCUUUAAUGCAGCCGCUUUCUAUUCCCAAAUACACCCCAUCCUGCUUGUUGAGAAAAGCUGUCUUUCCUCUUUGCACUUGUGCCUGAUGGCAUCACCCUGGCUCUGCCCACAUCUUCUGAGGCUGGUAUCUAAGGGUGUGGCGCUUCGCAGGCCCCAAGGAAUGACCUCUCAGAGCUGGCGAGUCCUCUUCCAGGAAGUGAGACCAGUUCCUGAGCCCAGGUGGAUGGUAUUCGGGAGUGGGGCCGGCAGAUCGUGGGGCCCCGCUGGUGCCAGGGGCAGUCUUCAGUCCCCUCCCUGAUUGCGAACUAUAUAAAAUAAGGGAAUGUUGCUGCUAUUGAUCCAAGGACUUGUGUUGGAGGCAGAAGAGCCUUGGUGUGUUGAGGCGGGGGGGUGGGUCAUUGCCUAGAAAACUUCUCCCCUGGCAACAGGUACAUAGUCAGUGGGGAGACACUGAUGGCGGGGACAGGGCCAGGUUUCAUAUUUCCUGGGGAUGCUGUGAAUUUCUCCUGCAGGAGAAGCCAUUGAACUUUUUCAACUGUAUCAGUAGCACAGUAUUUUGUAUGAAAAGUGGAAGACUUCUGAACAGUAAUUCAUUUAAUUGCAACAUUUUGAAAUAAAACAAUAAAACUCA